GCCUCCCCAUUGGCCGGCUGCGCUGUCAGUCAGUUUCCCUCCGGUGCGGGCAGCGGCAGGCACACAGGUCUCCCCGGUUCCCCGCAGCAGUCACCCGCAGCCCCAGCGCCGAGCGCACGGUCCAUGGAGCCGGCGCUGUGAGGUAACAGUUCCCCGGGGAAGAUGACGGAGCGGAGUCCGGCUGAGAGCUCCCUGCAGCAGGGCAGCUAGAGGCCCGCACACCCGGAUCACUGCGAGCAGGGAGCGGGCGCCCCGCCAUGUCGGCCGUCUCGCCCGCGGAGAAAGUGGAUGGCUUCACGCGGAAGUCGGUGAGGAAAGCCCAGCGGCAGAAGCAGGCGCAGGGCUCGUCCCAGUUCCGGGGGCAGGGGGCCCUGGUGGAGCUGUCCCCGCUGCCGACGCUGAGAGAUGCCACUUCCAAUGACCAGCAAGACCUCUUCUGUCAGAAGCUGCAGCAGUGCUGUGUACUGUUUGAUUUUAUGGACUCCAUAGCAGACCUGAAGAGCAAAGAGAUUAAACGAGCCACACUCAAUGAGCUGGUUGAAUACGUAUCCACGAACCGGGGUGUGAUCAUUGAGUCUGCGUAUCCAGAUAUCGUAGUAAUGAUUAGCUCAAAUAUAUUUAGAACACUCCCGCCCAGUGACAAUCCAGACUUUGAUCCCGAAGAGGACGAGCCAACGUUGGAAGCGUCGUGGCCGCACAUACAGCUGGUAUACGAGUUUUUCCUGAGAUUUUUGGAGAGUCCGGACUUUCAGCCUAGUAUUGCAAAGAGGUUUGUGGACCAGAAAUUUGUACAACAGCUGUUGGAUCUGUUUGACAGUGAAGAUCCCCGAGAGCGAGACUUCCUGAAAACCGUACUACAUCGGAUUUACGGCAAGUUCCUUGGCCUAAGAGCUUUCAUCAGAAAACAAAUUAACAACAUUUUUCUCAGGUUUAUCUAUGAAACAGAACAUUUUAACGGUGUGGCAGAACUGCUGGAAAUAUUGGGCAGUAUCAUCAAUGGAUUCGCGUUACCCCUGAAAUCUGAACAUAAGCAAUUUCUCAUGAAAGUCCUGAUCCCUAUGCACACAGCAAAAGGCCUAGCCUUGUUUCACGCGCAGCUGGCGUAUUGCGUUGUCCAGUUUUUGGAGAAAGAUACAACUCUCACGGAGCCAGUCAUUAGAGGAUUGCUGAAGUUCUGGCCUAAAACCUGUAGUCAGAAAGAAGUGAUGUUUUUAGGUGAAAUAGAAGAGAUCUUGGACGUUAUUGAGCCAACUCAGUUUAAGAAGAUUCAAGAACCUUUGUUUAAGCAGAUAUCGAGAUGCGUGUCCAGCUCUCACUUUCAGGUUGCGGAGAGGGCCCUGUAUUUCUGGAACAACGAGUAUAUUCUCAGUCUGAUUGAGGAAAACAUUGACAAAAUCCUACCAAUCAUGUUCGGUAGUUUGUACAAAAUCUCCAAAGAACACUGGAACCCGACGAUUGUAGCCCUGGUGUACAACGUAUUGAAAACAUUAAUGGAAAUGAAUGGAAAACUAUUUGAUGAACUUACCGGCUCAUACAAAGCGGAACGGCAAAGGGAGAAGAAGAAGGAGCUGGAACGUGAGGAGCUAUGGAGAAAGCUGGACGACCUCCAGCUGAAGAAGGCCUUGGUGGAGAACAGUGCUUUCAGUGUACAGAAACAUACAAGUGCCAAAUAAACCACAUCACGACGACCUCUGCUCCAUAGGCAUAAUACUUUUGUAUAUUUUUAUUUUUCUUUCCCCCAAAAAAUGUAAAGUAAUAAAACCGGUUCUCCGUUAA